AGGUGAAUUAUUUUAUUUCUCGAGUAAGUUGUUUUUAUAGUUUUCACUGAGCCUCUCGCAUCGAUUGUCGGUCGAGAAAAGCUGAAUAUUGCCGAAGUGAAUCCUUGAGAAGGCUGUGUGAAUUGUGCAAAGACUUCUUACAAAAAGAAGACCAUAUGGCGGGAAUUUCGAUAGCUGUGUGAAGAAACAAGCUCAUUUCUGAGGAAAAACACCUGAGUGUAAUGGCUGAGAGUUCCGAACUCACUCAAACGGACAAGGAAGAUGGCAGAAAAACAUAUAUGGAGAUAUGGCGAAGGAGACUGACAGAAACAUACGAGCAGGGCAGCUUCCAGGAGUGCUGCAGCGUCCUUCGUCACUCAUUGGCUGAAAUGUUGACCGGGGUCACGUGGCAGGUCAGUAUAGUCGUCCUGGUCUUAAUUGAAGUCAUCAUCAACCUCGUCCUCAUGCUGAUGGAAUUUAAUGUUAUCAAAGAUGAGACCCAUGUGUCCCGGCAUCUGCUUCAUUUUGUUGGUCUGUCCAUCCUUGCAAUCUUCGUCUUUGAGGUUUUACUCAAGUUUUACGCGAUGGGAUGCGAGUAUUUUUCGAAAGAGAAAUUGGAGUUAUUUGAUGCGUUUAUCGUGGUAUCGGCAUUUGUAAUCGAAGUAGUGUUGAGCGUUAUCCGCGCAAAGAAGGCCUGGAAAGGCUUUGCUUUCAUCAUAGUUCUUCGACUGUGGCGAGUUUUAAGGGUCAUUGUCAUGGUAUUCACCUUCAGAGGAGAAUUGUACGAAUUAAUUGAAGAUGACGUUGAUGCUCCCAAACAAGAAAUCGAAGAAGAAAAAAAAGAGGCCGGGAAAAACAAAGAUGAACAAAAACACUGAAGAGUUGAAGUCGAGUUCAAACGGAAAAAGGGUUGAAAAUAUAAAUGAAAUAAAUAUUUGCACAGCUACCGAUUGCCCUGGGGUGCUUCGUUCUACUAAUCUGAACGUCUUCAAUGGGCUAGUUGUCUAUAAAGAACGAGAGAAUUCACAGCGCCCAGUUAUAACUAGGGGAAUAAACAUUAUCAACUGAGUUUAUAACGUAUAUUGGGCACACUAAAGAGUAAACAAAGCUUAAGUUUCCAACGUAAAACCUUUGUCAGAGCGGACUGGAUGAGGAUGCUCACUUGAUUUACAUACAUUAGUUGAAUUUCAACAGACACGGUUACGUAUUUUAAUGUAAAUCUAAUCGUGAUUUUGAAGGAACACAACGAAAAACUAAAAAUGCGAGUAAAAAUUCAUUUAUUGAUCAAAAAUAACAAUUUAAACAGCUAACACUACUUCUGCUAUCGCUAUAUAAUCUAUGAUUGGGAAAAUCAAUAUAAACGAGUUUCUUUCGUCCAAUUAAAAGAAAAUUCUACACAA